AUGUCGCGCAAAUGCGCAGGUAGCGCAAUCGUUACAAUGGAGCACGGGACUGCGUUGCAGUAUGUCAUGCGGAAUCCAGCGGUUGACGUCCCCAGAUUGAUUCUUGGUAUUGCCGAAGGAGUACAGUAUCUUCAUACCAAGGGCAUUGUGCAUUCGGAUAUAAAAUCAGUCCGUUCCCUAUCUGCCUCGUGGAGAAAUGCUGUAGCUCACAUUUACCUUCAAGGACAACGUACUCAUCUCGCAGGGAGCGGAUAUAACAUAGACACGCAAAGCACGUCUGGAGGUGUGAAAGGAUCAGCACGAUGGAAUCUGACAUAUGGGCGCUCGGAACUUUUGACGAAGAAAAGACCAUAUCACGAGCUGGCUAAUGAUCUCCAGGUGAUUUCAGCGAUCUGCAAUGGAUGCCUUCCAAAGACUCCAGAGGACUUUCACACCUGGCCGCUGAGCAAUCAAUCAGCCUGGGAGCUAUGCAAUUCGUGUUGGUCAAAAGACCCCUCCGACAGGCCGGGUUUGCAAGUAAUUGUUUGGAUGCUGAAAGCAACUCGAGUAGGCAAUGUUGUGAUUAUGAAUACACAAUUAGUUUGCAGAGAGCUUGCAAGCAUGCCGUUCAACAAGGUCCGGCCAAAGGAAAUCAAUGUGUAA